AUAGCGGACUGGGUGUAGUCUGGAGUUCCGUCUUUUCCUGCCGGAGUUUUUGCUGCAUGGCGGCGGCGGAGGACACGAAGAGCUGAGGCCGAGCGCAGACCGUCACACAGCAGCAGCACAGCCGGGAGACGAGCUGCGGACGCGGCCUGGAACUUUGGAACCGCCGCUGCUGGGAUCCCCGCUGCUUCCUCAGGGACUUUCCUCCACAAACUGACCGGAGAGUUGCGGAAACUUUGGAAGAGUUCACGAAGGGGCGGAAAAAAUGCCGAGUUUUAUCCGGGCUCUGGUGGCCUGGAGCCUGGUGGCGACGGUGUGUGUCCGCGCCGCGAUGGACGAGUGUUCGGACGAGCAGGGCCGCCCGCAGCGCUGCAUGCCGGAGUUCGUUAACGCCGCGUUCAACGUGACGGUGGCGGCGACCAACACCUGCGGCUCUCCGCCUGAGGAGUACUGCGUCCAGACCGGCGCCACCGGGGUCACCAAGUCCUGCCACAUCUGUCACGCCCGGGACCCCCGGAACCACCACAGCGCCGUGUACCUGACCGACUACAACAACCAGCAGGAGACCACCUGGUGGCAGAGCCAGACCAUGCUGGCCGGGAUCCAGUACCCGAACUCCAUCAACCUCACCCUGCACCUCGGUAAAACCUUUGACAUCACCUACGUCCGGCUCAAGUUCCACACCAGCCGGCCGGAGAGCUUCGCCAUCUACAAGCGCAGCAGCGAGGGCGCCCCCUGGGUCCCCUACCAGUACUACAGCGGCUCCUGUGAGAAAACCUACCAGAAGGCGAGCCGCGGCUUCAUCCGGACCGGCGAGGACGAGCAGCAGGCGCUCUGCACCGACGACUUCAGCGACAUCUCGCCGCUCACCGGAGGAAACGUGGCGUUUUCCACCCUGGAGGGCCGACCGAGCGCCUACAACUUCGACCGCAGCCCCGUCCUGCAGGACUGGGUGACAGCCACCGACAUCAGAGUGACCCUGAACAGGCUCAACACGUUCGGAGACGAAGUUUUCAACGACCCCAAGGUCCUCAAGUCCUACUAUUACGCCAUCUCCGACUUCGCCGUGGGCGGAAGGUGUAAGUGUAACGGCCACGCCAGCGAGUGCGUGAAGAACGGCGGACGUCUGGUGUGUAACUGCAAACACAACACCGAGGGGGACGACUGCAACGUGUGCAAACCGUUCUUCAACGACCGGCCGUGGAGGAGGGCGACGGCCGACAACGCCAACGAGUGUCUGGCCUGUGACUGUAACGGGAAGAGCUCCGAGUGCUACUUCGAUGCCGAGUUGUACCGAGCCACCGGACGCGGAGGUCACUGCAGGAACUGCGCUGACAACACCGACGGGCCAAACUGCGAGCGUUGCCUCGACUACUACUACCGAGACCAGAGCGGCAGCCGCUGCCUGCCCUGCAGCUGCAACAGCAUCGGCUCUGAGUCUCCUCAGUGUGACAACAGAGGAGUCUGUGCUUGUAAACCAGGAGUGACCGGAGAGAAGUGCGACCGAUGCCAGCCGGGAUUCCACAGUCUGACCGAGGCCGGCUGCAGGCCUUGUUCCUGCUCGCCGUCCGGCAGCACUCAGGAAUGUGACGUCAACACCGGACAGUGUCGCUGCAAAGACAAUGUGGAAGGCUUCAGCUGCGACAGGUGUAAACUGGGCUACUUCAACCUGGACCCCAACAACCCUCAGGGCUGCACCGCCUGCUUCUGCUUCCAACACUCAUCGGUGUGCGAAAUCGCCGAGGGCUACAGCGUCCACGCCAUCACCUCGUCCUUCAGCAGAGAUGACGAACAGUGGACGGCUCAGCAGCGGGACGGAUCCAGCGUCUCGGUCCAGUGGUCGCCCAGCGGACAGGAAAUCUCCCUCAUCUCAGACGACUACUUCCCCAUGUACUUCGUCGCUCCAGAGAAGUUCUUGGGGAAUCACAUGCUGAGUUACGGUCAGAACCUGACGCUGAACUUCCGGGUCGACCGGCGCGACACUCGUCUGUCGGCCGAGGAUCUGGUUCUGGAGGGAGCCAACCUGCGGGUCGCGGUGCCGCUUAUCGCCCAGGGCAACUCCUACCCCAACGAGAACAUGCAGACAUACGUGUUCAGGCUCCAUGACAGCACCGACUACCCCUGGAGGCCGUCCAUCAGUCACUCCGACUUCCAGAAACUUCUGCACAACCUGACGGCCAUCAAGAUCCGCGGAACCUACAGCGAGAGGAGUGCUGGUUACCUCGACGACGUCUCCUUGGUGAUGGCCAGGCAGGGUCCAGGUGUGCCGGCCCGCUGGGUGGAGCAGUGCACCUGUCCUCAGGGUUACCAGGGGCAACACUGUGAGCAGUGCACUCUGGGAUACCGCCGUGCCCAACCCGAGCUCGGAGCCUUCAGCUCCUGUGAGCCGUGCAACUGCAACGGACACAGCGACGCCUGCAACUCGGAUAGUGGUGCGUGCGACUGUCAACACAACACGGCCGGGUUGAGCUGUGAGCGCUGUAAGGACGGUUUCUACGGCGACGCCACCCGGGGGACGUCGGCUGACUGUGAGCCGUGUCCCUGUCCGGCCGGAGCCACCUGCGCCGUCGUCCCAAAGACCAGGGAGGUGGUUUGUACCAACUGCCCCGCCGGAACCACAGGUAAACGCUGCGAGCUCUGUGACGACGGCUUCUUUGGCGACCCGCUGGGUCAGAGCGGACCGAUCCGGGCCUGCCGGGCCUGCAAGUGCAGCGACAACAUCGACCCCAAUGCCGUCGGCAACUGCAACCGCGAGACCGGAGAGUGCCUCAAGUGCAUCUACAACACCGACGGCUUCUUCUGCGACCGCUGCAAGGAGGGUUUCUACGGCAACGCCCUUGCUGCCAACCCUGCAGACAAAUGCAAAUCUUGUUCCUGCUCUCCGUCGGGGACAGUGGGUCGACAGACCGGCUGCUCUCAGGUCACCGGUCAGUGUCAGUGUCUUCCCAACGUGGCCGAACGCGACUGCAGCGUCUGUCAGCCCGGAUUCUUCAACCUGCAGAGCGGCAACGGCUGCGAGCGGUGUGGCUGUCAUCCGAUUGGCUCCACCAACGGUCAGUGUGACAUCACCAGCGGUCAGUGCGAGUGUCAGCCGGGCGUCACCGGACUCCACUGCGAAGGCUGCGAAGGCAACUUCUUCGGCUUCAGCUCAUCUGGAUGCAAACCUUGUGACUGCGAUCCUGAAGGCUCCCAGUCGGGUCAGUGUAAGGAGGACGGUCGCUGCGAGUGUCGGCCCGGAUUCGUGGGAGCUCGCUGCGACAUGUGUGAGGAGAAUUACUUCUACAACCGCUCAGCACCGGGCUGCCAGCAGUGUCCGUCCUGCUACAGUCUGGUCCGGGACAAGGUGAACCAGCAGAGGCAGAAGCUUCACGACCUGCAGACUCUGAUCGACAACCUGGGCUCUGGCCAGGAGACCGUCAGCGAUAAGGCCUUCGAGGACCGGCUGAAGGAGGCGGAGCGAGCCAUCAUGGAGCUGCUGGACGAGGCUCAGAACAGCAAAGAUGUGGACCGCGGCCUCCUGGACCGACUCAACGGCAUCAAUAGCACUCUGACCACACAGUGGAACCGGCUGCAGAGCAUCCGCAACACGGUGGACGACACGGGAACGCAGGCCGACCGGGCCCGAAGCCGAGUCCGAGACACCGAGAGCCUGAUCGACCGAGCCCGGCAGGAGCUGGACAAGGCCAAGGACGCCGUCGGCAAAGUGGACAUCAAACCUCCAGGCGGCGGCGCAGAACCCAACAACAUGACGCUGCUGGCUGAGGAGGCCCGAAACCUGGCCGACAAACACAAGAUGGACGCCGACCAGAUUGAAAAAAUCGCCAAAGACGCCAACGACACGUCGACCAAAGCGUACAACCUGCUGCUGAAAACUCUGGCCGGAGAAGGAAAUACGAGCCAGGAGAUCGAAGAGCUCAACAAGAAGUACAACGAAGCGAAGGACCUGGCCAAGAAUCUGGAGAAACAGGCCAACAAGGUGAAGGCCGAGGCCGAAGACGCCGGAGACAAAGCUCUGAAACUGUUCGCCAACCUGACCAGCCUGCCGGUGUUCGACACCAAGGCCCUCGAGGACGAAGCCGGUAAGAUCAAGAGGGAGGCGUCGGAUCUGGACAAGCUGAUCGAUAAGACGGAGAAGGAGUACAACAGCCUGAGAGACGACCUGAAGCCCAAAGAGCUGGAAGUCCGCCAGCUGCUGGAGAAGGGAAAGAGUGAGCAGCAGACUGCAGACCAGCUGUUGGCUCGAGCCGACGCUGCCAAAGCUCUGGCUGAGGAGGCGGCGAAGAAAGGCCAGUCGACGUUCAAAGAAGCUCAGAGCAUCCUGGACGACCUGAGAGACUUCGACAGGCGAGUCAACGACAACAAGACGGCGGCUGAGGAGGCCAUGAAGAAGAUUCCCGCCAUCAACGCCACCAUCAUGGCCGCCAACGAGAAGACGAGGCAGGCGGAGGCGGCCCUCGGAAACGCCGCCGCCGAUGCCCGGGAGGCCAAGAACAAAGCGGAGGAGGCGGAGCGUAUCGCCAGCAACGUGCAGAAGGGAUCCGCUAAGACCAAAGAAGACGCGGAGAAGGCUUUUAACGACACAAAAAAACUAGAAGAUGACGUCGACAACAUGAUCGAGCAGCUGAGCGCCGCCGAGCAGCAACUGGCCAAGAAGAAGGCGGAAGCCGACAGCGACAUGAUGAUGGCAGGAAUGGCGUCUGAUAACGCGAAGGAGGCCGAGGAUAACGCCCGCAAGGCCAAGAGCACCGUGAAGACGGUUCUGAAGAUCAUCACGAAUCUGAUGGAUCAACUCGGAAACAUCGACAAAGUGGAUCUGAGCAAACUGAACCAGAUCGACGAGUCCCUGAAGAGGGCGAAGGGCAAGAUGGCCGACAGCGAUCUGGACAAGAAGCUGGCGGAGCUGAACGACGUGGCGAAGACCCAGGAGGACAUGAUCAACGACUACGACCAGCAGAUCCGCGAGAUCCGCGCUGACAUCACCAACCUCAACGACAUCAAGAACACGUUACCCGAAGGCUGCUUCAACACGCCGUCUCUGGAGAAGCCUUAGCCCCGCCCAUCGCCUCCCAGGCCCCGCCCCACACUCCCCACUCACGUCUAACACUCCGGCGAACACGCCGACUUUUACCAAAACAGUUUUUUAAACUUUAUCAGAUUCUUGUCUUUGUUUUUCUUUUGCGAGAGAGAAGCCAACAUUUCACGUCUUCAGCGGAGAGAAGCAGCUGUUCUUGUUUGUCUUUAGGUUUUUUUGUCGAGACGCAGCGACGUGGUUUCGGUAGAAUGAACUCAGCGGCGCCGAGAAGCCGUGCAGCGAGGUGAAGAGCCUCGGAGAAAACCAGAACCACAAACCCGACGUGACUGCAGCCGUCUGCUCCGACGCAGAAACACAGGAAGCUUCCAGCCGUUACCCAUCAUGCCCGGCGACGCUUCCAGCUCCACACUGUUUAACGCCUUCCUCUUUCACCAGCCAUGUUUUCAGAACACACUGAAGGAAUCCUCUCCUGUUUGAUCUUGUUCUUCUCACCCAAAGCUACGUGUCGACACAAACAGCAGCAGGAACUCCUCCUUCCUACGACAGUAUUUCACCUCCAGCAGGUGGCGUUGUUGAGAAAAAGCCUCACUAACUCUGCUGCUGCACACGAAGCCUCCGAGUCCUGAAAUAACCCGAGAUUAAAACUCCACAAUCUGCAAAGUCUGGAAACAAGUUUGAAUCGGGUUCCACCAAUUUAUCAUCAACUUGUUUAAGCAGCGUCAGAUUUCCCAUCUGGUUCCCUGGAUGUCGAGUUCAGGUUAAAGUCUGUAAAUUCUGGAUGUUGUGGGAACAAGACAAAAUGAAAUCAGGAGUUUAGUUUCUCUGUCUCACAUAGAUGAUCAUCCUGUUCCCAGAGAUACAGAUCUUCAGUUGUGGAAACACAAGAUGAAGUUCUUGAUGUUUCUAAGAUGCAAGAUGCUCAACAUCCAGGUUUGUUUGUACAAAACAUUUUGUACAAACCAGAUAUUAAGACCCAGAUGAAAGCAUCCAUCUCUGUGGGUUUCAGUUUGUUAUCUUAAAGUUAAAGAUGUGAUUUGGGUUUGGAUCUUUUAGGAACCAGAUGGUAACUUUUUGUCUUGUUUCAAAGAUCCACAUCUUCCGGGAGCCUGUUCUCGUGUUGCGUAGAGAAGAUGUUUUUGUGGUAACUUCCCACAGAUGUAACGCUUAAGGGAACAACAUCCGAUCUUCUGCACACAAGUUCUCUGUUGCUCCUAGUAGGUCUGGGUCUUUGGUUUGGAUCUUGUGGGAACUAGACAGUAGCAUGUUUUUCCAACAAUCUGUCUUGUUUCUGGCAGUAAGUUCCCAGAGAUCCAAAGUUUAAGGGAACAAGAUCGAGUCCUCUGCCUACAGGUGAUGUCUUCUUCCCAGGAGAUCUGGAUCUUGGGUUUGGAUCUUGUGGGAAUAAGAUAGAAAACAAUGUUUAGUCUUGUUUCAGAGAUCUGCAUCUUCUGUUCAGUCUCGUUCCCACAGUUUGAUCUUGUUGAAGAGGUUAGAAGUCAAAUCUUCCAGGAUUCGGGGGCGUCUUUAAUCAGCUCUGACAUUUCUCACCUCGGUCGGACACCAUUUCACGUUUUUUUAACACUACAAACUUAAUUAUUGUCUCCAGAAGUUGCUGCUUUUCACACAUUAACACUUCCUUCCAGGCUCAAUCCAACACUAUGCAACUUUGUACAUUUUGCGUAGCGAGAAUUUUAUCUGAUACACUGGUGCUAAUAAUUAUUUCAAAUGUUAUAUUUUUGUGUGAAUGUUUUUUAUCAUGACAUAGAGUGAGGAAUUUGUUAUUUUGUGUAAAUAUAUGCGUAAAUGAUUCAGGACUGGCUGAUUUUUAAGAACUAAAAAACUCCAACAUGCAAACAGCCGCGUUAAGUUCGAUCACAAUCAAUCAACUGAAACCUCCAGGUUAAUUAUAUAUAAAUAUCUAUGAUAACGUCUGUGGUAUGUUAUUAUAAUAUGCUUGCUUGUAUACAAGGCUCCGUGUUGCUGCCUUAUAGCGAUGCCAAUAUUUCAUUUUUGUUUUAUUGAUUCUCUGUGAGCUUUCACAAGUUAAAUCAACCUAACUGAUGCUUUUUGUUUUGUUUUGACCCUUUUACCGAUCAGGAUGUUUUAAAGCCUCACCAGGAGCUCAUUCAGUAGUUUUAGUGUUUUUGUGCCUUAAUAUAAAGUCCCUACGAGGGCGUCAGAGUUUCGUUGUCUCGCUCCGACCUCCUCGUGUGGGUACUGAAGCAGGGUUUUAUAGAAAUCAGGUCCUUUUGUUUUAAAAACUCUCCUCCGGCGGAUAAAGUCGGGAGAGUCGAUGUUCACGUCGUUUUAUUUCUGCCUUUAUUCUCCUCCCUCCAUCCAGACGGCCGCUCUGCAGGCUGUGCAGCGUUCACAGACGUGAUGUAUAAACAGUAUUUUAAGUUAUAAUGUACCAUUUAUUUGUGUUGUAACCUGUAGACGUGUGAGCUGCACAGCCUGUCGUGUUUCCAUCCCUGUGAGGACCUGAAUCUAACCUGUUUGUUCCCACGUGCCUGUAAAUCCAAACGUAACAUUUGAAUAAUAAAAAAUUACUACAGGAAACACUC